GAACUAAAAGGCAUUCUAUUUGAGCAGGUGUAGCUGUGGUUCACAGUUUCUUCAGUAGGUUCAUGCAUGAUGCACAGAACUAUUGCUCUGGUUCUUCUCCUGGUCCUGGGUUCAGCCCAUGACCUGACAGGGACUCUUCCGCCCCCGCAGGAGGCCUUUGACCUGGACUCAUUCAUGGGACAGUGGUAUGAAAUCGCUGUGGUUUCCACCUGUCCUUACUACAUGCAGCGCAAACGUGCAAAUCCUGUGAUUCUUUCGAUGCAGCUGCAACGUUCAGAGACCAACUUCACCAUCACGACGGACACCUUCAAGAACGGCACAUGUAAGCGAUCGUCCACAGAUUACAUGUUGACUGACACUCCAGGAAGAUUCUUCCACCACGUUGCCAAGUUUGGAGCUGAUGUUGACACGACUGUGGUGGAAUCCAACUAUGAGGAGUACGCGCUGCUGUUUCAACUGAGCGUAGAGAAGCCAUCAUUAAUUACCACCAUCAUAGACAAGCUCUACAGUAGGACUGUGAGCGUAAGGCCUGAGGUCAUCGACAAAUUUAAAACACUCGUGAAACAACAUGAAAUGAAUGCAAGUGACAUCAUCAUGAAUCAGUGGAAAGGUGAUUGUUUCCCCCUCAACUAAACCAAAUCCAGAGGCUAACAGUUAGCUUCAAGUGGCUGAAUCCAAAAUAAAAUCCUACAAAAACCAUGCAGCAUGUGUUCAUGUAACAGAAACAAACAUUAACAAAUCAUUUACCCAGCCAUCUGCUAUGAUUCUUGACACAUUACACUAUUUGUUACUAACUUUGAGCUGCUUCUUUUGACUUACUUUUGGAUAUGUCCAUAAUUCUUAUCUUCCUGGCUUACUUUGUGUUGACUUUUCUGUCAGCUAGCUCUACCUAUUUAGUAAUCAUCACUUUAACCUGCAUGUUGACAACCGUUUGGGCACCAGUAAUGCCAGAUGACCUGAAUUUGGUCAUCUAUGUAACACACUGACUGACACGUGGAGCAAAGGACCAGUUGGCUGGACUAGAGCUCAGGGAGUUGUGAGGGGUUCUGGUGCUUGCUUGACACACCACAGUCGUGCCAGUACUACGAUUAAAAAAGGGAACCACCUGAUCCCAAGGCAGAUCACCUGUUCAUCACUACAGGGCUCCAGAGAAAUGUGAUUAUGAAAGUGUUUAACUGAGCAGAAAUCGAACAUUUUUCUUCUUAAUUUUUUAUUUUAUUUUAAUUUGGUAAGUGGGAACUCCUCUUUGGCAAUGAUGUAUGCAACAAUAAAUUUCGUUAGCAUUCCCGGAGCGGCGCCACUUUCCAGAGGUGUCCUAAAAUAAAAUAGUCUUGCAUUUUAA